CUGCCCCCAAAAGAUAACGGAUAGAAAAAAUUUCCCCCUUUUAUACCAAAGAGUACCAACUCUGAAACUCACUCUCAGAUCAUCAUCUCUUUUGCUUAAUUAUGAGUUCAAUCGCCGAAGUGGGUCGUAUGGAGAGGGAACUCUCAAGGGUCGACAGAUUGUCGGAGGACAUCCAUUUUCCGCCGGAAUUAUUGUUGGAGAUCUUGCUAUGGCUACCAUCAAAAACCCUUUUGAAAUUCAGGUCGGUUUGUAGAAUUUGGUGUUCUUUCAUUGAUUCCUCAAAUUUCAUUUCUUUGCAUCUUAAUUGUUACAAUUACGAUUAUUCCCAAAAAAGUAUUGAUCAUCUGAUAGCGAUUCAAAGAAUUGUGGACGUUGGGUGUUUUUUCACAAUUCGUAGUAGUGACAGAUUGAAUACGGUUGCAGAUCUUGCUGAAUUGGCUGAACCAUAUUCAAUUUCUGGAAAUUGUAAUGGGUUGAUUUUGUUGAAUUAUGGUUGGAAUGCGGUUCGAUUGUGGAACCCUUCUAUAAGAAAAUCAUUGUUUCUUCCUGAUUGUCCUAUUAAGCUUCGUUGGAGUAGAAUUCGUCGUUGUCAUGUAACUUAUACUUUAGGAUUUUCCCGUUCUAGUAAUGAUUAUAAGGUGCUUGCUGUUAAGACUAAUCUUCCUAGCUAUAGUGAUGAUAAGGCCUAUAUUGCUGUGUACUCACUCGCUGAUCACCUUUGGAGGGUUAAACCGAAUCCGGUGAGUGUGUCGAAGUGGGCUAUAUCAUGGUUAAGCCCUGAAGGAGGGUUAGUUUGUUGUGGAGGAGUUGUAUAUUGGGUUGAUAAUGAUUUGCACAGAAAACCCGGAGCUUAUAUGAAGCUCUACUUGUAUGACUUUGAUGUCGAAGAAUUUAGUGUUAUGCAACUGCCUGAUGCUGUGAAAGAAAGCACUCAUAGGCUUAUUUUUGCCCAUGGUGACUCCUUAGCAGUUUUAUUGAUGUCCUCUGAAAGUAUCUGCAUAUGGGUUUUGAAAAAGGAUGGCGGAGAGAAUCCAUGGAGGCUAUGGUUUAAGGGAGAGCCGCAUUUAAAUGCUUCCAAGUUGUUUGAAUGUGCAAAUGUUGUCUAUUGUAAAAAUAGCAAUACGUUUUUGUUGAACAACAAUCUUGCUACGAUGUCCUAUGACAUUGCAAACAACCAAAUACGAAUUCUGAAAGAAAAAGAUAUGAUGAAUUUCCGGAUUUCUUUCCAGACUUAUGUUGAAAGCUUGGUUUUGCACAAAGGUUUUGGUGAGACUAUAACAUUAUUCCUUUGAAAUUGAUGAAGGGUUGAUAAUGGCUGAUUCUGGAAGGUCACAGAGAUGCAUACUAGUAGCGCCCGCUGCCUGAUGUUGCUAAAUGCUCAGUUUAAUUUUUUCUGUUGCUACUGCAGACCAUGGUGUAAUUUACUGGUGCGUGUCUAAGCUCACAUGUAAGAUCUUGAAUGUAUGCAUAAAACUCAUAUGUAAGACUGUCAUAUUUGGCUGAUAAAUGUAUGGCCUGUAUCAGUUCAGUCCAAGUACAUGCAACUAUGCUAGACUGUUAAUUAUUAAGUGCAAAACAUUUGUCGUUAAUGUACUUGUGUUAAUGUAAUUUAUAAGUACACUUCAAAUUA